AUGCUACCAAAACCCACAGGACCCAGCUCCAAGAGGACUCUUCUUCACAAGACUUUCACCUUUGCCGAACCAAUUCCUCGAGAAAGCGAAGCCCACCCUUGCCGAACGGCAAGGGUCGUGGAGGAAUUUGAAGGGAGGCUCACAACUCACAAUCCAAGGACGGACUCACCAAAACACCAACGCAGAACUGCCUUUUACAAAACUAUAAACAUAAAUAUCCAAGCUAGAAAGAAGAAAGGACAGUUGGAACUCCAUUUCUGCCUGGAUAGGAGGUUUCUGAGUGGGCAGAACUGCGGCUUCUUCAGUCUGUAA